GUCUGGCGAAGCCCACGAACGAACGAACGGCCUGACGAGAUCCAUGGAGUGGACACUGGACACGGGACGACGGCGUACCUACGUACUCCACUCUACACUACAAGAGCAGGAUGAUCUCCCACUUUUAAUGAAGGAUAACCACAUAAACUAUAUUCCGAAGAUCCAUCACAUCCCCCAGAUUCCAUUCCCACCUACAGCCCACCAUGACGACUCCCACACCACUACUCCAGAUCGACUCCGUCAAAGCCACGCAGCUGAUCGGCACCUCACGUCUGCCACUCUGCACGGGGAUGCUCACGCUGCUGCCGCCGCCGACGUCCAACUGCCGGCUGUUGCUAACCGUCGGGGCGACGCUCGCGCUGCCUCUCGACCACGCCUCAACGGUGGGCACCUCCGUGGCCAACCCGCAGACCUACCUGUUCACAUGCAUCUUGCCGGCUCCGUCCGCGCUGGAGCCAUCCAACUCCGUCGCGGCAAUCGAGAUCGCGAUUCCGCCGGGCGCGGAGAACGAUGCGCUCGCUCUGCGGCUCGAGGAGCUGCUGGUCCAGUACGGAUACCUCACUACGGGGCUCGAGGCGGAUGCGGACGAUGUGGCGGGCGCGCUGAGGGAUUCCGCCACGGGGGUGGCGGAAAGGGUUAAGGGAUAUGCGCAGGAACGGGUUGAACAGCGUGAGCAGGUAGAGCCUGGAGAGGAGACAAAGGUCUCCGAGACGACGGGGAAGGUCGCCAAGGGCAUGGUGGCGGGGACCGCGAAGGCUGCGGAGGUCACGGGGAUGGUCGGGAGGGCUAUCAGUGGUGCCGCCGAGAGCGUUGGUGAGUGGGUCGGCGGCAUGAUGCCGGAGAAGAAGAAGGGGGAGGAAAACGGGAUUGUCGCAGAGAGUGCUAAGGGUGCUGCUGAGGGCGUGGUUGUUGUCGCCGAGAGCGUUACGGAUAGUGUGGCCCGCGUCUCUUCGGCGGUGGGGAAGGGCACGAGCACGGUCGUCGAGCACGAACACGGACAGGAAGCGAAGAAGCUGGUGGAUCAGGGGAGGGAGGCUACGGGGAAUGUCGGUGCGGUAGCAGCCGAUGUGGUUUUGGGAACAAGCGUUGUGUGGAAUGCUGGGGAAGCGGGGGUAGCAGCUGUGAGGGGGAAGGACUCAGAGUAAAUUGUAAUGGGAAGUGAAGGUUUUGGUGUUCGGAGCGAAUGUUGUGAGUUUCUGUAUCUAGCUGUAGGUAUGAUCAAUCGAACAAAUCAGUGAAUCUCAAUAACGGUCGAAGAGCAGAAGCACCUAUGCCCAUAGGGUGCAAGUAGAAAUCUGGCAACGAUAACUAACCACUAUCACGGCCGCAAACUCGCCACAACCCGUCUCGAAUCAUCAGCAAAACGUCGAAGUGGCCAGAGGGGGGGGACUCGGGGAGUGCCGAAGGGAAGAGUAGGCAGAGACAAGCGGUGCAGUAGGUAUGUAGCAAUAAGGAGAUGAAUGUAGAGGCUUUUUUCUCUUGUUUUUUUUUUCUCUUCGUGAAUCCUAUCAGCGUGCUGGGGGCAACUGGCGAGAUGGCGAUGAAAAGAAGAGAGCGAGAGCGAACUCCUGGAGAGAUCCCCG